AUGGGAUCGGUUAGCAAGCCUCAUCUCGUCUUCGGCGCUGCCGGCUUCAACACCGGCAGCGCAUUCCCAACCGCAGAACAUGCCCGCGAGGUGCUCGACGCCGUUGAGAAAGCGGGCAUCAAGCAGCUCGACACGGCCCAGCUGUACGGCCUUAGCGAGCAGAUCCUGGGAGAGAUCAAGGCGAGCGAGCGAUUCAUCAUCGACACGAAGCACGUUGGAGGAUUUGCUCCUGGCGAGUCGACACGGGAAAAGGUCGUGGCGAGGGGGCUAGAGAGUUUGAAGAAAUUGGGUGUGGACAAGGUCAACAUCUUCUACAUCCACGCACCGGACAAUAGCGUGCCUCUUGAGGAGACUCUGGCCGGCAUCGACGACCUCUAUCGCCAGGGCAAGUUCGAAAAGUUCGGCCUCUCAAACUUCAACGCGGACGAAGUCAGAGCCGUUCUCAAGAUCACCAAAGAAAAGGGCUUCGUCCCUCCGACAGUCUACCAAGGCAACUACAAUGCCGUCGCUCGCAAGCUGGAAUCGGAUCUUUUCCCCCUCUUCCGCGAGAACGGCAUCUCCUUCUACGCCUACAGCGCCAUUGCGGGCGGCUUCCUGACAAAGUCCAAGGAGCAGCUGUUGCAGGAAUCCGGCGGCGAGGGCAGGUGGAGCAAGUCGUCACCGAUCGGACAGAUGUACCACAAACUGUACAACCGGCCAAAGCUCCUGGAAGCCCUGGACAUCUGGGAGAAGACGGCGGCCGAGGCGGGCAUUCCCAAGGCCGAGAUGGCGUAUCGAUGGGCGGCGUAUCAUUCGGCGCUCAAGGAGCAAUUUGGCGAUGCGAUAGUGCUGGGCGCGAGCAAGAUUUCGCAGCUGGAGCAGACGGUUGCGGGAUUGCAGAAUGGGCCGUUGCCGGAGGAGGUUGUGAAGAAGAUUGACGACAUUUGGGAGCUUGUCAAGGAUGAGGCGCCGAGGGACAACUUUGAAAUUCAGCGGAAAUAG